AUGAUUCGAGGCGACGAAAUUCCAAAUUACGCAAGAUCGAUACAACAGCUACGUCUCGCCUAUUAUGCAGAAAGUCUGAACAAAGAGACCGAAGAUAUUCCGAGAGGAUUUCCAGUGUUAUCGCCAAUCAUUGACACUAUCGCUACACUAAAAAAUUCCGUGUCUCAGAGAGUACCUUCUCUAAUUGAUUCUAACUCGGAAACAGUACAGAAACUGCUACAGGGAUUUCAAAGAAUACGUGAAUUCACGUCCAAUCUUCUCGCUCCAUUAUCGAGCUCAUUUCAACCCUCUUCGCAGCUUGAGACUGAUGUAGAGCUUUCGGAUGAUUAUAUCAAGACAGGAUUCCUACAGGCAUUCGAAGUCCUGAAAGAAGGUGCCAGAGAAACAAUGAACAUCACUAUUCGAGGUGCAGUCAUCACUAUUCCCGACUUUUUGGGCGACCAUGUUCGGGAACUCGCUGAAGAAGCGGCUAUUGAAGCCGGAAUCACUAGAGUUCUUGCCUUCCCGCUCGUUUUCCCUCAAAAAAACUUGAUCUGGCCUUGGAAUUCUAUACUAGACGAAGAUGUUACUGAUUAUUUUUCUUCGGAGCCAUGGGAAAACUCGUUACUCAUUGACUACGGAGUUGGGUACUUUGAUAUUGCAACAAAUGGCAGGUGUCAUAUGAAAUAUCCAAUGGAUAUACUAGGUUGUCAGCGAAUCGCAAAGAAGUUGUUUGACAGAUUUACUUCAUUUGAUGGGCCAUUGAAACAACAGGUCGAAAAGGGAGCUUCAAAGCCGGACUUAUACUCGGCUCUGUGGACUGCGAGUCAGAGUAUUAGAUAUCCAAGCGAGAUUGACACACUCGAGGAUGGCGAUGAUCACUAUGCCGAAAGGCCACUCGAUUUACAGGACUGGUGGAUUGGAGAUUAUGAAACAGUUGUUCUUCGCUGGGAGGAUCUAGAGGCUGUCGAGGCUGAAUACAUCGAUGAGCUGGCGAACCAGUUUGAUAGGACUUUGGACUGUCUGCAAGGGAGAAUGAACGAACGUGGAGAACGUUCAAACCCUAUCGAGAGUGUGAUCAUGUUGGGAAACCGAUGUGCUCGAUCGGUGGUCAAAAGAGCGAUCCGGAAAAGUGUUGGUGAACAUGUUAGAAUAGUUGGUGGAAACUCAGAGAAUGAUAAGUCUCUCUCAGUGAAGGCUGCAACUCGGUACGCUCUCACAUUAUAUGAGAUGACAAAAAUGGCGCACUGUGAAGACUCGGAUGAUCAGGAUGAUAGCUGGGAGUAUUUGCGUAGGCACACUGAGCUUUAG